GAUAGCCAGACGCACCCGAAGAUCUCGAAUUACGGGCAGGAUGCAAGUCUCGUUCAAAAUGCUUUCAAUUGGCACAGUGCUUCUCUUCGGCGUCAGCGUAGCAGCAGCUGGCGCCCCUACUGCGACAAUCGACACAGGUCCAAUAGUAGGCACAACAACAUCUUUCCCGUCCUCAUCAACAACAGUCAACAAAUUCCUAGGUGUUCCAUUUGGCACAGUACCAAAACGCUUUAUGCCUGCAGAAAUUCCCGAGCCGUGGACAGAACUGCGAAAUACUACAUCAGCUUCAGCAGCAUGCAUUCAGCAGUUUAGAUACCCGGAGGAUUACAGAAAUCUAUUCCUCAACUUGUUGAACACUCCGGCUCCAGAAGAAAGUGAGGAUUGUCUAAACCUCAAUGUCUACGCUCCUGCUACCCGGGCCCCUGAUAAUGGAAGAGCUGUUAUGUUCUGGAUUUUCGGUGGUGGUCUUUUCUCUGGACAUGGAUCGUAUCCUGUGUACGAUGGUUCACACUUGGCGUCAUAUGAAGACGUAAUUGUCGUGACACCAAAUUAUCGUACUAACAUCUUUGGCUUCCCCAAUGCCCCCUCCCAGAAACGCAAUCUAGGCUUCAUGGAUCAACGUCUUGCCCUCGAUUGGGUCCAACGUAACAUUGCUUCCUUCGGCGGCGACCCGAAAAAAGUGACCAUUUUUGGCGAGAGCGCAGGAUCCUUGUCCGUAGAUGCUCUCAUAACCGGAUACCCGGGUAAUUCAACGCCUCCCUUUCGAGCAGCCAUCAUGCAGAGUGGACAGCUCAGCUACCAUAGCACCUCCAAUCCAGGUCCCCCGGGCCUCCCAUACCCGGACAAACCUGCCUGGGAUGGAAUCAUCAGGGGCUUGAACUGCACAAAUAACACUAUCGAGGAGUCGUUUGAAUGCGUACAAAAUGCUCCAGCCAGCCUCAUCAAAGACAUCAGCGAGAAACAGGAGCUCCUUUUUAUGCCCGUCGCUGAUAACGACACAUUCGUCUCAGAUCUCACCCCGAGACGGCGUGCCAAAAACAUCGCUCGCGUACCCUUGCUGAUUGGCACAAAUCAGGAUGAAGGAAGUCUUGUUGGUGGUCUCUUCUACACAAACCUCACCACGUACCUAAAUACCACGUUUGGAUCGCAGCUGACACCUAAACUACUUGCGGACAUCGAUCGUGUAUAUCCAAUGGGUAGUGCACAGUUUCCAACAGUGCGUGAGGUGAUAUCGGCGAUUGAAGGUGACACCUCGAUGCUGUGUGGCACUGCGCUUGUAGCCCAGGACACUGCGACUAGUGGACUUCUAACUUGGAGAUAUCUUUACAAUGCAACCUUUCCAUCCACCUUCUUCCUUCCAAAUAUUGGCGUCUACCACACUUCUGAGAUUUCAAUGGUUUUCUCCACCUAUCCAAUUCCCGCGCAAUACGGUACUGUCAACGCCACAGCCACGCCACAACAAUUUGUCCUCUCUAACCUCAUGCGCGCGGCCUGGGCACGCUUCGCUAAGGAUCCUACGGCAGGCCCUGGGUGGACUGCUGUAGGAAGUGGGAAAGACUACUUAGACUCGGAGCCAGAUAGGGAUGUUGCCGUACUUUCAAAGGAAGGUAUCAGUGUGAAGAGGCAGAAGGAUGUAGAUGAACGGUGUGCGGUUUGGAAGGAUGUUCUGAAAGGGUGA